UCGGGCCAUUCGAUUGUCGUCACUCGAAAGGAGAGGUUCUCAGCUUUGAAAACAGGAUAAAAACGUUAAAGGACUGAAAAUAAAAGUGAAACUUUAAAGCCAAAAACACACACACACACACAAGCACGAACACGUUGCAUAUAGUUGUUUGGUGUGUGAGUGUACGUGAGCAGUGCUUGUGUGAGUUGGCCAAGUGGAUUUCUAUUUUUGCUUCAUUAAAAGCCAACUCGUGAAGUGCAGUGGUGUUAUAUUCAGUACUGUAAAAACAGAAAGCCAAAAUUCUGGCAAUUGCAAUCUGAUCCUUGGACAUGUGGAGCAGGCAGCGUAUGCGCCAUAAGCCGCUUUGGGCCCUAAUAUCCUUGACCGUUUUGCUGCUGGUCUUGGACAAAAGCAAUGCCAACACGGAGCCCGUAGAGACCAGCACCACAUCCGAGCCAGAUGCCUCACCGGGCUGUCGGGCACCGGAUGUGCGCUUCACGAUUGUCAAGCCGGAAGCAACGACGGAGCAGCCGCUGGCCAAAUUCGAGACCACGCAGGUCUACCUGCCCGAGGACUUCACCACAGCGGACGUGGAGUUCGUGGACUCGGUGCCGCGUCAUCCAAACGAGAAUCAUGCGGCCGUAAUUAAUCCGUAUUCCCUCGACCUGGGCGAUGACCAUUUGCAUGUUGGCGAUGCGGCUGCCAGUUUGGUUGGUGACGAUGAUCUCGGUGAUGAGGAUGAUGAUCAUCAUGGUGAUCCGGAGGAUAAGCGUUUGAAUGCUAAUCGAAAACAGGGAAAACGUCGACGUGCUGGUUCCGGACGUCGCCGGCGAAUUGAAAAUGAAAAUGGACAGACGGGCAGGGGACGUGGCAGUCGAUAUAAGCGCCAUGCCAUCCUCCAUGAUACAGAAGCCUCACCGGAGACAGAUCGAUGGGCUGGGAGUAAACUGGCCGCCGAGGGAGAUGUUUAUUAUGUUCAUAUAGCUGACAUCCUAAAGAGUCGUGAACCUAAUCGAGAAUUGAAAUCGAAACUACACAAGCUUAAGAUGAAGGCCAGACUUAACAAAUGCCUGGCUGAGGGAGACAAGGAAAAGUGCACCAAGCUCCUUAAGAAGAAGCCCAAGAAGAAGGUACCGAAGGAGGAGGAAUCCCUAAAGAAUGAGAAAAAGCUCCUUAAACAGGAACAGAACAAGAAGAAGGUCCUUGAAGAAGGGCCAAAGGAAGAGCAGGAACUAAACCAUCCAGAAUCCAUUGGUCAUCACCGCCGACGCGGGGACAGUCACGCUGCAGAGCUCGACCAGCGUGACCGGAGCCCGCGUUGGCGUCAACGGCGCAGCACCGAAUCCAAGGGCGAUCUCGGCCAGCUGCCACCGGAGUCCGGAAUCGGGCCGGAUCCGGAACCCCAGCCAGAAGAGGAGGAUCUCCAACAAUAUGGAAAUCAGUCGAGCAGUGCACGAGUGGCCCUGUUGUGGCAACGUGUUAAGCGCAAGUCCGGCAAGACCACGGGUGCACUGAGCCGUCCGAAGGGUGGUGGCGACUCCAGCUCCAAGACCACCAGUCGCAAGGACAAGGGUAUCUACGACGAGGAGGCUGGCUACACGCCCGUCCAUCCGGAUGAUCAGGAAUUCGACGAGGAUGAGGAAGAGGACGAAGAGGUCGACAUCCUGCAGCAGUUCACUGAGGUGUCCGAGAUUCGGUUUCCGGGCGAGAUCGGACCCAUGGGUGAUCGGCGGCUAUGCAAGAUCCGAUGUGUCAAGGGCAAGUGGGUGGGUCCGUUGUGCGCCACCAACGAGGAGGACAGUAAUGGGAAUGUCAAGUUUCAGCCGCUAUACAAAAGUUGCCAUGUGAACCGGAUACCGUCGCACUUGCUGCUCAGCUACCGCAACAUUUCAGUGACACCGAUCCCACCAAAUCGCGGCUGGCGUAAAACGCGCUUAUCCAAAUCGACACUUCUCUCAAAUACAGAAAUUAAUGUGGGAUGGGAUCUGCCGCAUGGACAUUCUCUGCAGGCUCGCUGCCAGGAACUGGGCAUCUACAAGCUCCUCGGGGAGUCGAGGGUCCUCUGCUCCAAUGGCUUGUGGGCACCGCGCAUGCCCAGCUGUGUGCCCACCACCGUCUUGACCAACUACUCGGAAGAUAGUGCUCCCUCGAUCCGUAUCAAGAUCUUUAAUGGCUCCCACUCUUUCGAACCCUCGGGAGUUAUGGCCGUUCCACCCCACAGCACCGUGCUCAUGGACUGCAUGUAUCCGAGGGUUAGGGGUACACCGGAAUGGAGCUGGACCAGCUGGUAUAUGCAGUAUUCUACAGGAUGGUCCCCGGCUCAGGAGGAGAAGGCCGUUCGCUAUCGGCUGAGCAUCAAGAACAUCGAGAACAAUGACUCUGGAACCUUUACUUGCACGUCGCCUCGCGGUCUAACCAACAGUAUUGCCGUCGUGGUGGCCACUUCGACGUGUCCGCAGCUGACAGAGCCGCUGGCGCCGCUCAAGCUGCGCCUCGAGGGCAACAAGCUGGGCCAGCGGGCGCACUACGAGUGCCCCGAGGGCUUCCGGCUGGACGGCGCCUGGAACGCCACCUGUUUGGCCUCCGGCAAUUGGUCAUCGCCGACGCCAACCUGCCAUGCCAUCCAGUGUCCGCGCCUGGAGCUGGACGACCCCCAUCUCAGCCUGAUCGAGCUGAACACCUCGGCAUGGGGGCGGGCGGUGUUCAAAUGCCAGUGGGGCUUCAAGCUGACCGGACCGGCGCAGCUGGACUGUGAGCCGUCGGGCGUCUGGAGUGGCCCCGUUCCGCGUUGCAAAGUCAUUCAGUGCGUGAUGCCAGUGGCGCCGCUAAAUGGACGCAUCGGGGGCACCAGUCUGAGCCAGAGGCGCCUCACCGUGGGCGCUCUGGUAACGUUCAGCUGCAACGAUGGGCACAGCCUGGUGGGCGAGUCGAGCAUCAUCUGCACGGAGAACGGACAGUGGUCGCACUCGCCGCCAUUUUGCAAAUCGCAGUGCCCCUAUCCCGGCGAUCCGCCGAACGGCCUGAUAGCUCCGCUCAAGUUUAACUACGAUGCCGGAGAUUACCUGAGUGUCCAGUGCCGUCCCGGAUUUGUCCAGAGUUACGAGGGUCCGCCCGAACGGCCGAAAUGUGAACCGGAUGGCCGGUGGUCCGGUCCGAUGCCCAAGUGCAAAAGCUACGAAGAGGUGUAACCUCCAGAAUCACGAAAAUGAGAGCCCCCUCCAAAAAAGAAACCCGAAGCCAAGGAUUCGCCGCCAAGUCAGCAUUACGGAUCCUCCAUCUGAGCGGAUGCUGUAAUUCCGAAUACAGAUCGAAACCGAGUGAUAUUUAGAUUAACUUAGUGAGAGGUAUCAAAAUUAAUAGAUAUUUUAUCAGAUAGGUUCAAUUCAAAUCAAUAUCUUUUAGUGGCCCACGAAUUUUCCAAAAGAACUCUCUACUUUCGAACGCUUUUCAAACCUAUGUACUCUAAAUAGAUCAAGUUGAUCAGGCACACUCUACAGAUAUACGUUCUUCAGAUUGAAUAAACUUUGCGCUUGCAUUUUCAUUACGAAGAAUCCUUGUACUUACACUAACUAUUUAAUGAGAUAUAUAUAAUCAACAGCUGCGUACAGGUAUUUAUGUAUUACGUAUUCUGGUUGCAACUCAAAGUUACAUAAAUGUAAAUGUUUAAACGAAAAACAAACACAAAACUUACCCACAGUGCGAGUAUAUAUAAUAUAUAUAUAUGUAUACAGAUUAACAAUUCUAUUCCACCAUAAAAACAAAAUGUAUUACACUGAUAGAAAAAGGGAGGGAUUGCAGCCGAAGUUGUUGGAUGAGUGUUGAUUAGUUAGGAGCUAAGAAAUGCCAAGCAAAGUAAAGCCUCCGCCAUAGGGAGCCCUUGAAAGUCAUAUCCUUAAAUGAUUCCAUGAGCAUAGGUAUUGCAUAGUGUAUUGUAAGCAGCUGCAAUCUUUGUGUAAAGAAAAGAACGUUUUAAAAUAAAAUACGAAUAUUGUGUAAAAUGCAA